GCGCCACACCGGUCUAUUGAAAAGCGACGUACAUCAACCGGAGGACAAAGUUAAGUCGGCGCAAUGUUGUUGUUGUAGUCCAAUCGAGUAUUUUCUUUAACGAUCAUGUGGGUCGCCAGGCGGUUUUUGUCAUCGGUCUCUCAGAGAAGUCAGUCUGGCCUGUUCUGUCACCCUAAGCAUGGCUCCCUUCCUGAGCUGGAGCUGCGAUACCUCCAGUGCACAUGCUGCUGGAGAAGCCGAGUUCCCAUUGCUGGCUUCGAGACCCUAAACACCACCCUCUCCACUGCUUCCGAGCCCUGCAAGGAAGAUAUCAAUGGACCCCUGGAUGCCUGCUACACCUCUGAGCAACGAGACACCAUCCUCCAGCGGCUCAACAAUGACUCCAUGUCAGACCUGGCCAGUGUCAAGCUCCUCAGAGGCCGAAAGUCACUCAACAUUGUGGAAUAUAGGACUAAAAAUGGACCCUUUAAAAACCUGGAAAGUGUGGUUAAUGUGCCGCUGUUGAAGCACAAAAGUGCUGUCAUUGUCUUCAACUCCAUCCUUAACCCGGUUAAGAAGGAAAGGAAAGUGAAGAUUCAGCUGGCAAAGUUCAUCAGGCCAGAGGUUGACAGAUCCUGGCUUGAGGAGACAAAUUCCAUAGUGUCAUUAGUUUGUGGGACAAACAAAAUUGCCUGGGCUCAUGUGGACCGUGGGAUGACCACACUGGAUUGGCGACAGCAGGAAUGUCCUAAUUUCUUGAACGGGACAUACAUGGCCUCUGCUUACUUGAAUGAUGUUUCUGCUGUCGUGUCCCUCCUCCCUUCUGCUGACUUCUACAUUAUAGAGAAAUCUGCUAUUUCAGUCCAGAACACUUCUCUGUUCCCCAUCAUGGCACACAUGAGGGCAGUGGAGGCCAUGUUGUUUGCUCUGCUGGAGCCAAAAUACUCGGCGCCAGAGUCCAACAUUCCUCCCAGAGUUUUGAACAUGAUGCGGACUGCUGUGGGCCGUCACUUUGGACUUAUGGUGGGCGAGUCUCGGACCAGUGGGGCGCAGACUGUGCGGCUGCUGAUGACUGAGUCUGUUACACAGAAGCUCCCCAGGAUAAACUUUCCAGAGGAGCUGCUGGUCAAGUACAGGAACUAUUUCCAGAUGGGGAGCAGAAGAGGAGGAGAGGAACUCUGUGACGCACUGCUUCAGGCUGUAUGUUUUUACGAGCUGCUCAGUGAAUCUUCUAGUUAGCAGCCACCUGGACUGAUCGCAUGCGUGAACGUGUAUUGUACCUUCUCAAACAAACAUAGGGUGGUGGUGGACUCAUACGUAAAGAGUAUUUCUAUGGUUACAUAAAACAUCCUAACGCUGUUUUUCCAGGAUGUUGGGCAAAGCUGUGUUUUUUAUUUCUGCUAUUGAUCUUAGUUUGGACAUUUUCACAAACUUAUAGCUCCGAGUCAUUUUUUGACGUCUUGAAGAUUCUCCUUCAGAUUGGUUUGUUGGACUGUAUACAAUAAUUAACGAUAAUAAUUAAAAAAAAAACAUGUCUGCAA